AUGGAUAUUGAAAGUUCCGCCGGCUCCCAAGGAGACCAGAUAUCAAAGCUAGGAAACCUUCCCACGGAGCUGCUUGAACAAACAGUCUCAGAGCUCCCUGUUGAGAACAUGGUCUUGGCGAUGUCGGUGUCUCGACGUUUCAAGGCGAUAAUAUCGAGCAAUUUGGCUCUCAUGCUCGAUGCUGCUAUGAAGGCUAUCGAAGAGGAGCGCUUGAAGGUCAUGCUGACAUUUGCACCCCCGGCACUCGCCCAAGAAUUUGUACUUUGCCGAAAUGGUACAGUUGAUGAGAUGAGUGGAUAUGUGACUACCCACUCCACAAUUUCCCAACCAGAGCCUGUCACCCCGAACCAAGGCCCUCCGAGAAAUGCACCUAGUAAGUUCUUUUUUGCUAAAGAUAACAAAGCUCGCAAAAGUAACGUUGAGUCUCAAAAAGUGUACAACAACCUACUUCGUGAGGUCACUAUUGACGACGACGAGGCAUUCACUCAGGUCAAAGUGACCGUGAAGAUAGCCGUGUCACCUGGCUCGCACUGGGUGGCGAACCCUACUAUGCUUCUUGACAGCACCCUUCGCCUUUCCCAUGAGUGGCUUGAGCGAGGAGCUGCCGAACUGCUCUGGCUAGAUGAUGCGAAGUCCUUUGGCUUACGCGUGCAGCCCCGCCCUAGACAAUUGGCCCGCCCGGCUGAAGGGACAUUAUAUUACGAUCUCGAGGUUGAUGGUAAAUGCAACUUGUACCGUGAAGCCGAAACGAAAGCUUACAUGGCAGAACUACAUAUACGGACCACUCGUUUCCUUGCCGCCUUUAAAGAGGCGGAGCGGAAAGAGGAAAAAGAAACGGUAUUUAAUAUUCCUAUAUUACCCUCCGCAUUCUGA